AUGGCCAACCGGGUUUCCGCACCUGAUAUCAUCACCUAUAUCGGCGUGCCUCUCGCCGUGCUAGGAGUCCUUCCAAUCCUGUAUUCGUUCGUUCGCGCCAUCCUCGUCCAACGAUCGAUCCGCAAGACCCUCGAUCGUCAUGGUUUGUUUAAUCCUGCCGUUACGCGCGGCAGUCUGAUUGAAGGGAUUGUCGAGGUUGAACUCCCACGAUGCACCAUUACACCACUCGAUCGAGAGAUAGAUUUAGAAUACUGGAAAUUGAAUUCAAACAGAGUGUUCCUGAAAGGCGGGAAUUGGACUAUAUUCAAUUGGAACACUUUGGUUACAGGGAAGCAACUUUAUCGGUGCCAGUAUAAAGACGAGCUAAGAAUACCCGAGGCGGACAUCGACUUUGAAGAGCUCGUUGCUUUUCUGCUGGAUCGCGGUGCUGUUCCCGACCCGAAAGGAUGGCGCAUGUUGAAAUCAAUUGGCCUGUGGACCCCGGCUGGCACUGUGUUGUUGUUGCCCCCUAGAGGCAUCCCAGGCUCUGUCCUUAAAGUGACCCCACCAAACAAUGCAGACGGUGUUCUGAGUUUACAAGUAGACUGGAAAGCGGAAUGGGAUUCUAGAGGUGCGCACAGCCUGCCACCGUUCUGGAUGAGAUUAGAGCAGCCUAGAUAUCGAAAAUUAUUGACCGAAAACGACCAAAUAACCAAUUCUCCCAUCCUUGAGGGACAGGUCAGUUUUCCCGACCAGCAAGGCUCGUCGAAUGAGCCUCCCAUCCAAGACAUAAGCCGCGAGAAUACCCUCGUUGCCGAACCAACUUCCAAAAAUGAAUCGUCUACCGCUGAGUCUGUUAUUCAGAUCAUCGAUAAUAUGAAGACACAAAUUACUACUGUUCCCAAUGAUAGCGUUCGAUUCAAAGUUGACGGUGACCAUGUCCGAAAGGUAUCAUUCGAAGCUGAGGGGGUACCUACCGGCGAGACCCGCGAGAUUGAUGAUCUUGGGGAAACGGCCAGACUUUGGUUUAUUUCCAGUGCAUCGGCGAUGUGCCAAACCUUGAACUGUGACAUGUGCACUUUUACUAUUCCAUCUCAUCUAGCAAGCUUUGUCAAACGCAAGUCAGUUCCAUGCGGUGUAAUGGUUAUACUAGACAUGCUCAGCAACGAUGAAGUGCCCCCAUGGGCCUCUCCGCCACCACGUCUCCAAGAGACCCCCCAGGAGAUGACCGAACGUACACAGCAGAAAAUUUACGAACGACGAUUGGAAAAUGCAAUGCCUCCAGGCCAGGCCACAGAAGCACGGCGCAUCAGGUCAAUGCGCGAGGCUCAUGAUAUUCAUAUGCGGCACAUCGCCCGACAAAAUGCUCUGCGCGAAUACGAACAGCGACGGUUCAUUGAAGCCAUUCAGUCGCCCCGAUUAGAUAAUGGCACAGUAGCCGAAGCUACUUUGGCUUAUCUCGUGCGCGAGAAAGUCAUUCCCGAAGAUUACAAAAUUCAGGAUGUGGCAAAAGCCGUUUUGUAUAUAUUGAUUGUCGACAGCGCUCAAGCGAAAGUCAUAGUUGACAUUCUUGAGAGAUGGGCCCUUUGGAGCCAAUUUGGUGGCAUGCAGAAGGUGCAAUUAGAUGUUCUGAUUCAGAACAAGGUUGCAUUUUGCUAUGCGGCCGCGCUUGUUGCUGUUGUGCAUCAGGCUCAAUCGGAGGAUGUCAAUAUCUCUUCAGCAGAUAUGCUUGAAUGUCUGAGAGUCUGGAAAAGGGUUAGACUUGGUUAA